AUGCAGGCCAUUCAGAACCAUGUGAUUACUGCUGGUUUGAUCGAAGAGCUGAAAAAAAAAAAAGCUGAAACAGCAGAGCAUCGAGUCCAUUUGGCUGAGCUUGAGAAAAAACGUGCUGAAGAUGCGACAACGAAUCUGAGAUUGAGCAAGGUUCGGAUUCAGGAGAAGUUGCAGCAAGAAGCAGCUGCCCGAGAGCAACUGGCCAAGGAUCUGAAUGAAAAAAAUUCCCUCAUCAGGAAAGAAGCUGAGCAGAAACAGUCUGAACUUGAGGCUGAGAUCAAUCGUCUGAAGGACUUAGUCUCAGCUAAAGAACUAAGUUUGAUAGAAGCUCAAAGCCAACUUUCCCUCAUCACGGAAAAAAAUGAGCUGAAGCAGUCUGAACUUGAGGCUGAGAUCAAACGUCUGAAGAACUCAAUCUCAGCUAAAGACCUGAAUUUAUCAGAGAUUCAAAGCCAACUUCAAAUUGAGAGGGAUGCUACUGCUGAGACCAGGGCUGACUUGGAAAGUGCGAGGAAGCUGCUGAAGACCCAGAUUUACACCUAG